UACAGGUGAACGGGAGAGAGAGUGCUGGCCACAGACAGUUAAAUCAGCCUUCAUAGUUAACCAAAUAAGUAUGGAGCACAGCGAGAAUGAAGAUUUGGAAAAGUUCCUGAGGAACGUUGAUGAAAUAAAUGAGCUGAUGAAGGAGCUGAACUCCAGCGAUGUGGCCACUCAGGAGAGAGCUGUAGAAAAGGCAGACCGAUUUGUUGCCUCUUUUGAAGAAGAGAAAACUCACCUCAACAGGACUGUCAUAAAUAAAAAACCCUCGUCUGCCAGCGGACCACUGAAUCCAAUGUUUGAACCCAACCCAAGUCAAGAGAAUUUCAUGAAAGCUUUAGAAAAAGACGCAGAGGAGAGAAGGAAGAGGAGGCAGGUGAAAGAGGAGCGGGCCAAAGCCCUGAAGGAGAAAGGAAAUAAAGCUUUUGCCCUCGGUGACUAUGAAGUGGCUGUCAAGUUUUACACUGAAGGUCUGGAGCAGCUUCGUGACAUGCAGGCCCUCUACACAAACAGAGCUCAGGCCUUUAUCAAGCUGAAGAAGUAUAAAGAGGCCAUAAGUGACUGUGAGUGGGCCCUGAAGUGUAAUGAUAAGUGUAUUAAGGCAUACGUUCACAUGGGAAGAGCACAUCUAGCAAUGAAGAAUUUUACAGAGUCCAGGCUUUGCUAUGAAAAGAUACUGGAUAUAGAGCCAGAGCGCGAAAGCCUGGUGAAAGAUUACCUGGCACAAGUAGAUCUGGAGGAGAAGAAGAACUUUCAGGAAGAGAUAGCAAGACAGGAGCUUAGAGAGGGUAAAGAAGGAGUUACCACGGUGCCCGACUUGCUGAAAAAGCUGGACAAAUCCAGUGAGAUCAACCAAUACUACUGUGAGGGAGUGGAGCUUCUCUCACAAGCUAUCAAAGACAGUACUGGCCAGACAUUAUUCCGGUUAAACAAUGGCUUCAGUAUCAUUGCUGGCAAUAACUUUGUAAGAAGCUGUCUUGCCCAGACUUCUAAAGAGCCGUACAGCGAGGAGCUGUGUGUAUCUAUGCUCAGAUUGUGGAGGGUGGUUUGCUGUGGAAAUGAGGAGAAUCAGCUGUUGUUACUACAGUGUUCCAGCACAAGAGAACAGAUUGUCCAGUGGUUAGCCUCACCAGUGUCAGCAAUCCAGCAGGCGUGCUUAACGUUGCUCUGCAUGUACUCUGAGACCCAGCAUGGGAAACGCUUGGUGAUUAAAAAUCUCAGUCUGCACAGGAUGGCGGAGAACUUGAUGGAUUGUGUAUGUAAGGAUGUCACGGCAGGAACCAUGGCACUCACUGUUCUGGAGAACUUAGCUGGAGAAAAUAAGUUUCAGAUGCAGUUCAGAGAGAACUUUGCAGAAGUUUUUACUCCUCCUUUAGAGUGUUUGCUGGGCAAUAUAUCAGCACCCAGCCAAGAAUUGCUCGUCUCCUUAAUUUCUGUGAUUGGUGCCAUGUGUCGGGAUGAAGCUAUUGGCAACAAGAUGGCAAGCUGUGAAGCGUUUUGGAAGAGCUCUUUUAGUGCCAUGGGGCCUUGUGCUAGCUGUGCAUACAGAAGCAUUCUCUAUCCCCUCCUGGGCCUGAUGAUCAACACAGCCUCUAAUCCCACUCCUGUCAUCCAAGAACAUGCUGUGGUGGGCUGCAGCAAGUGUGUGGCCUUGCUGAGUGAUCCGGACGGAGGCAUCAUAUCAAGAGCUGCUGGGUUGCUGAGUGUGGUCCUCCCCAGGUCGGCUGCUGCCACUCAGGAAGCUGUGCAGCAAGGAGUGGUGAAGAGACUUCUGAAGAUUCUGAAGGUAGCAGGACUGACGAGCUCAAGAUACGCCAUUAAAGCUCUUGCCGUGUGCACCGCCUCCAGCCAGCAGGCCUGUGAAGAGCUGGUUAAGUUUGACAAGAGGCUGGUGACUGUGAGGAAGCUCCUGGGCAGCAGUGAUGAGGUAGUAUUGGGGAAUGCAGCUUUGUGUCUGGGACACUGUUUGGUGGUGCAAGGAGCUGCUGCUAGUCUCCUCGGCACAGACUGUGUGCCGCUCCUGCUGCGUCACGCUGCUGGCGAGGCCACGAGAGCGGCCGUGCAGCAGAACGCUGCCAUCGCUCUGGGGAAGCUGUGCAAGGCAGAGCCCAGGCACUUGGCAAAACUCAGGGAGCUUCAUGGCCUAGAGAUCCUUCACUCCAGUUUGAAAUUGAUCACGUAAGCCCUCUCUUCCUGUUGGUUCUUCAAGCCCCAGCCACAUGCAGACACGCACACAUGCACAGGUGCUGGAGUGCUGCCCUGAGAUUUGCAACCAGGACGAUUUUCACAGAUAAACCUCUGCUACCCAAGGCUGGCCUUUAUUAUGCAGCUGUUCCCUGUAUUCAUUUUAAUUAAAGAGGCUGACACUGGUGCACUAGAUUGCCCAAGGACAA